AUGUCAGAUUCAGAGAACUUCUUCAGACAACUGUUCCAAAGUUGGAACAACCGUGCAUCUUCCGGACCUUCCACCACCUCUCGACCUAUUCUAUCGGAGUGGACAGAUUAUGUCAAAUCCAGUGCCAAUGAUUUAUACUCGGCAUUGCCAACAUCAAGCACAUCGACUGAUUCGGUCCAGGAGCCAUCAUGGUUCACCCUUUCCAGGUUCGAGCGGUUGAUUGGUUUCAUAGCUUGUCUUGCAGGGUCGAUUUUUUGCUUCUUCCUAAGCUUCUUUUUGUUUCCUGUGUUAGCAUUACGUCCCCGUAAGUUCGGGUUGAUAUGGUCGAUGGGAUCCAUAUUGUUCCUUGUAUCGUUUGGUAUACUCCAGGGACCUAGAGCAUAUGUUCUGCACUUGAUUUCUCCCACCAGAAUUGUGUUCACGGGAGUGUUUGUGGGGUCAGUCUUUGCUACAUUAUAUUCAGCGGUGAUCUUAAAGAGCAGUCUUUUGACAAUUGUUACCAGUGCGAUUGAAAUAUUGGCAGUUGCAUACUAUACCGUGAGUUACUUUCCAUUCGGCGCCACCACGUUGACGUGGUUCACCAGUUAUAUAGCAGGAUACUUCGGGGGCUUUAUUGGGGGUAUCCUUUAA